AUGACUGAAGCUGAAUGCGCGAAUCCCCUCCUACUGGGCUGGGUCUCAGAAUGGCUGGAGACAGCGCGGGAGCGGAACUCCAAGGGCGUCACUACCUACAAAAAGGCCUAUGACUCCAUGAAAUCCUGUCCCUUACUAUUUACGCACCCAUCAGAGGCACAGCAACUCACUGGAUUUGGACCGAAGCUUUGCAGUCGUCUGACCGAUAAGCUCAAAGAAUACUGCGAUACAAACGGUCUUCCUAUGCCAGAAAUACCCCAAAAGCGGAAGAAAACAGCUCCCAAGGGUAAUGGCGAUGGCGAUGGCGCUGCAGAACCGGUAAAAAAGACGAGGAAACCGAAACCAUAUGUGCCUGCGCUGCGUUCUGGUGGUUAUGCUAUUAUUUUGGCUCUGGCGACAUUGGAUGAGAAUUCACAUAGUGGUAUCACAAAGCAAGAGACAAUCGCGCUGGCAGAACCACAUUGCGAUUCCUCAUUUACUGCUCCUACCGAUCCUACCAAGUUUUAUACCGCGUGGGGUUCUAUGAAGACACUAGUUGAAAAGGAUUUGGUUUACGAGAAGGGGAGACCUUCACGGAAAUAUGCCCUGACAGAGGAGGGAUGGGAGGUUGCAAAGCGCAUUAAGAAGGCGAAUGAUGGAAAUACAGAACGGGUGGUUACAUCUGCCCCGAAGAAAAACGCAGCUCCAGAAUUGGAUGAUGAUCAGUUCAUAUCUCUCGACCCAAGUCCAUCUCCUCCACGUAUGGGAACCUCGGAAUCUUUAUCCAAACAACAAGCACCUGAUAUCAUCCCACAAGGUGAAGCCAUCGCAUCGACGGCUUCCCUCCCGGCGUUCACACCCAUAAUUAUUCCACCAGGCUCCUUUGAUGUAAAGCUCGUCCUCGAUACACGAGAAGUCCGAUCCACAGACGACCGAGGCUACAUGGAAAGGGAGCUCACCAAGAAAGGUGUAGCACCUAUCAUGCGUAUGACUGCACUUGGGGAUGUAUUCUGGGUAGCCAAGAUGCGAGACUCGGCGUUGCUCCAGAGUCUGGGUGCCGAAGGUGACGAGAUCGUUCUGGACUGGAUUGUGGAGCGCAAGCGAUUAGACGAUCUUGUGAGCUCAAUCAUAGGCGGCCGCUUUCAUGAGCAGAAAUUUCGUCUGCGAAAAAGCGGCAUUAAGAACAUUAUUUAUAUUAUCGAAGAAUUCUCUAUCGACAUCCCGAAAUAUGGAGAGGCGGUGGAAUCCGCCAUUGCCAGUACCCAGGUCGUGAACGGGUUUUUUGUCAAGAAGACGCAAAAGAUAGAUGAUACGAUUCGUUACCUAGCGCGCAUGACGAGAAUGCUUCAGGGCAUCUACGAGUCGAAGCCACUGCAUCUGAUCCCGACUGACAUCCUCACGACGCGGAAUUACCUCCCGCUCAUGGAGCACCUUCGCGAGACGCAGCCUAUGAAAGAUUUCCACAUCACCCACUCGGCGUUUUCGUCGCUGUCUUCGAAAUCCGAAACACUGACGUUGAGAGAUGUCUAUUUGAAGAUGUUGAUGUGUACUAAGGGUGUGACUGGCGAGAAAGCUCUAGAAAUCCAGAAAAGGUGGAAGACGCCAGCCGAGUUUGUGGAGGCUUUUGGGAAGUGUGGAGGAGGAGAGCAGGGGAAGAAGAGGAAGGCUGAGAUGGUGUCUAAUGAGAUGAGCAAUUUGAUGGGCAGGAAGAAGAUUGCUAAGGCAUUAAGCGUGAAGAUUGCGGAGGUAUGGGGAGAAGGGCAAUGA